UUGCUUAUAGGUAUAUCUAAAUAUGACCACAGCUGUUUUCCAAAUACUGUUCUUGUGUUCAAUGGCUACCAGGCGGUACUAAGGCCUCUUGUUACAGGAGUCGACGUUAAUGAUCCGUCCAAGGCAUUCAUUUCCUAUGUUGACAUUGCUCGCUCAAAAUAUCAGCGGCAGAAGGAACUGUAUGAAAAAUGGUACUUCUAUUGCGAGUGCAGUCGGUGUAAAGGCAAAGAAGACGAUCUGUUAACUAGCAUAAAAUGCCCAAAUACCAACUGCGACCAGCCCAUAGUCAUUACUGAAGAAAGUGAGCCGGUGAAGCAGGACUGCUCCAAAUGCGGAGCCAAGAUAUCUACAGAGUACAUUUUGAAAGCACAAGUGUUCAUGAAAGCGCUACCAAAAAGUUUCGGUUUCCAAAAUGGGUCGGAAGAAGUAAAAAAGGCGAAAAUCUAUUUGGAUAACGCUCGAAAACUUUUGCAUCCGACAAAUAUUUAUUAUUGCAGACUACUCACCGCCUACAUGCAGAUAUGCCCGGAAAAUGAGCAAUGCCAGGUGAACGUUGACAGCCUGAAACGUGUUUGCGACGUUUACAAGAGGUGUUUACCCGCCAUGGACCGUCACAUUGGCUUUCAGCUGCUGCAUAUCGUGCGAGCAUUGAUCGAAAAAAAGCAAAGAAGCGAAGCAGUUCAAUUUGCUUAUGAAGCUAUGCAAAUUUUUGAGGUCUGUCUUGGCAUGGACCAUCCAUAUUAUCUCCAAACCCUUGGAUUGUGGACCUUUCUUGACAACAAAGCGAAGAAAACCGACCAAGAACUGUUAAAUCUGAUGAAUUUCAACUACAAUCGACCGGUCAAUUUGGGUGAAAUUUUGGAGAAGGUCCAAUCGUUAGGAUUGUGA